UUACAGGCGCAAAUCCCCCUCCCCUGCGGCCCUACCGGCCAGAGUUCAUCUCCACAGCCAGACUUGUCCUCUUCUCUCCUCCGACGAUUCGUGCUUGUCCAACUGUGGUCGGUGGUGGUAGACGGCCGGCGACGAGGAUGGCCACCCUGAGGAACUUGAAGAUCAAGACGUCGACGUGCAAGAGGAUCGUCAAGGAGCUGCGCUCGUACGAGAAGGAGGUGGAGAAGGAGGCGGCCAAGACCGCCAACAUGAAGGAGAACGGCGCCGAUCCUUACGAUCUCAAGCAGCAGGAGAAUGUUUUAGCUGAGUCGAGGAUGAUGGUUCCAGACUGCCACAAGCGACUUGAGACUGCUCUGGCAGACUUGAAAGCAACACUGGCUGAACUGAAGGAGGCAAAUGAACAAGGUGCUGAGAUUGGAGAAGCUGAGAGUACUAUCACGGAGGUCGAAGCUGUGGUCAAGCCAACAGAAGAAUGAAUUCUGAACUCACAGUUGCUGAACUAUUAGCAAGCAUCCGCUUUGCUCGUGUUGAGACCUUGUGAGCUCGCUAGUAAGAUGUGUUUGAUGUAAACUCAUGUACCAGUAUCUUGACUUGGAAAUUCUACAGUUGGGCACGGAAUUGUGUUUGCUGCUCUUAUGUUGA